AUGUUCCCAGACAAAUCACCAGGUCCUGAUGGUAUGAACCCAGGAUUUUAUCAACAGUAUUGGGAUGUGGUUGGAAGUGAUGUUACAUCUUUUGUUUUAAAGUGUCUGAAUGAUUGCUCUUUCCCCUCUGACCUGAAUGAUACCAAUGUUUUGCUUAUUCCGAAGAAGAAUUGUCCGGAGAUGGUGUCUGAUCUUCGCCCCAUUGCUCUCUGUAAUGUGGUUUAUAAGAUCAUGGCCAAAAUGGUGGCAAACAGGAUGAAACCAUUACUUGGAGAGGUAAUUUCUGAUUCUCAGAGUGCGUUCAUUCCAGAUAGACUCAUCACUGAUAACAUCAUGAUCGCUGCGGAGGUGGGUCACUUCCUGAAUAGGAAACAUGGAGGUUUGGUGGGGUGGGGUGCUCUCAAGAUAGACAUGGCUAAGGCAUAUGAUCGUAUGGAGUGGUCUUUCCUCCGUCAGAUGUUGUUGGCGCUGGGGUUUGCUGUGGAAUGGGUGAAUCUGGUUAUGCUUUGUGUAACCACCGUCUCUUAUAAUUUCUUGGUAAAUGGCAGCCCCAUUGGGCAAGUUAUCCCUACUAGAGGUAUUCGACAAGGGGAUCCCCUUUCCCCAUAUUUAUUCAUAAUUUGUGCUGAGGGACUGUCAUUAUUGCUCCAGCAGGCUGAGGCAAGGGGUUCUAUUCAUGGUUGCAGAGUUGCUAGAGGUUCUCCACCUAUCUCACAUCUGUUUUUUGCAGAUGAUAGCCUCUUGUUCUUUAAAGCAAAUGCCCAGGAGGCAGGGGUUAUCAAGCAGUGUCUUGUUGACUAUGAAAGUAUGUCCGGGCAGGUGGUCAACUUCCAUAAAUCUAGUGUGUGUUUCAGUAGGAACACAUCUGUGGUUGCAAGAGAAGAGGUGGCUACAGUCCUAGGUGUUGUUCAAGCUCCUAAUUUUGGGAAAUAUUUAGGAUUGCUAUCAUUUAUUGGAAGAGAGAAGAGGGCAGUGUUCUCUUAUAUUGAAGAUAAAAUCAAGCAUCGGAUUGGUUCAUGGAGUAAGAGGCUCCUCUUGCAGGCAGGGAAAGAGGUAUUGUUGAAAAGUGUUGCUCAAUCAAUGCCUACAUUCUCAAUGAGUGUAUUUUUGCUCCCGGAAUCGGUUUGUUUAUCUAUUGAGAGGACUAUGAAUAGGUAUUGGUGGGGGUCUGGGAAUGAGAGGGGGAUACAUUGGAAAGCCUUGGACCGUUUAUGUAUCCCUAAGAGACAUGGUGGUUUGGGAUUUAAAGAUUUGAGGGCUUUCAACCUGGCCAUGUUAGGGAAGCAGGCCUGGCGAUUUUUAACGAGACCUAAUUCUUUGGUUGCAAGGAUCUACAAGGCCAGGUAUUUCCCCAGAUCCUCCUUUAUUGAUGCUACCUUGGGUAAUUGCCCAAGUUUCUGUUGGAGGAGCAUAAUGGCAGCACAUGAGUUAAUUUGUAGUGGGGUAAGGAGAAUUGGGGAUGGGAAAUCUACCUUGAUUUGGGGCCAUCCCUGGCUCCCAGAUGACCCUAACCCAAUGAUUCAGACUACUAUGCCCAUUGAAUUAAAUGGUGCUACGGUUUCGGGGUUGAUUGAUCCAAAUUCUUUUACGUGGAACUUAUCUAUUUUACAGGAUAUCUUUGAUCCUGCGGAUAUAGACAGCAUUCUAAAGGUUCCAGUCACCCCCCAUUAUGAAGACACUUGGUUCUGGUAUGGAGACCCCGGAGGCAGCUACACGGUUAAAGAAGGCUAUAGACGUAUCAUUGGUGAAUUUGUACCCCAAUCUGGGUCGUUUGAUAAAUGGCUACAACUUUGGAAAAUUAAAUGCCCGGCAAAGUGGAAGGUUUUUAUGUGGCGUGCCCUAUCAAAUGCUCUCCCUACUACCACCAAUUUGAUUUUAAAGAGGGUUGAGUUAGAUCCAGCAUGCCCAAUGUGUGGGAUUGUACAUGAAAAUAUUAUGCAUUCCCUACUCUUGUGUGAUUUCUCAAAGCGUGUCUGGCAUGUUUCUAAUUUGCAUGUACCUACAAUGAUUGAGAAUGAUUUUGGAAUGUGGUUCAACCAUACAUUAUCUGUGCUCACGGGAGAAGACUUAUUUCUUGUUGUAGCGGUGCUUUACCAUAUUUGGAGGGCAAGAAAUCAAGCUGUUUGGGAGGCUUAUUUGCCGCAUCCGGGUGCGAUGUGGCGAUCGGCAAAAUCUGCGGCAGCAGUAUGGCGCACCAUCCACGCUCGGCUCGAUCAACAGCAGCAGCAGCACCCGAUCUCAGCUCCAGUAAGCAACGGCUAUAUGCGUUGCUACUUCGACACAGGCUUUCACAGGCAGUCCGCACGCGGCACGGUAGGGGCGGUUCUAUUGGCGCAUGGUGGGGAGUUUAUUGCUGCUUUCAAUGGUCAAUUACAGCCUUGUUUCUCUCCUCUCAUGGCAAAGUCUUUAGCUUGCAAAGAGGUACUUUCUUGGCUCAAGGGGCGCGGGCUUAAUUCAGUUCACAUCUACACCGAUUGUUCCACACUGAAAAGUCUGUUAACUUCAGCUCAGUCUACUCUUCUUUCUUAUGUUGGUUUUGCUAUCGAUGCCGCUAGGGCGAUUUUAUCUACUUUUCAUACAUGUUCUGUUAAUUUAGUACCUAGAACACAUAAUCGAGGGGCUCAUGCACUGGCUGCGUUGGCCUUCGCUCAGGAUGCUUCAUUGUACUGGGAUUCUAUCCCGUAUGACUCUAUUUCUGGUUUGAUUUAA